GCGCCAAGAAAUCCAGGCUGAGCUGAAAGAAGAUGAAGCACCAUUAUCCUUGACAGCUUUUCCAAGAUUGGGGUGUGGGUUUUUUACUCACCCCCCUUUUCAGCCAGAUCCCAUCAAUGGUAUAUCCAAGUCACUGUUUUUCCCAGAUGAGGCCAUUAACCAAGGACACAUUAGAUUCAAAACACUGACAAGGAAUAUCAGAAGCAGAAGAGGAGAAAAAGUAGCUAUCAAUAUCCCAAUUUUCAAAGAUGUCAACACACCUUCGCCUUUUAUCGAAGAUUUCUCGCAUCUGAAAGAUGACGGCUCUAGUGCCGCAGCAGCAAAGCCAGAUCACAUCUACAUGGAUUGUAUGGGUUUUGGCAUGGGAAACUGUUGCCUCCAGGUCACUUUCCAGGCUUGUAACAUUGAUGAAGCCAAAACUUUGUAUGAUCAGCUGGCUGGCAUGUGUCCAAUAAUGCUGGCCCUUAGUGCAAGCUCCCCCAUUUACAGAGGUUAUCUCUCCGACAUAGACACCAGGUGGCCUGUGAUUUCUGCAUCAGUGGAUGACAGGACUGAAGAAGAAAGAGGACUUAAGCCAUUGAAGAAUGACCGGUUCAGGAUACAGAAGUCACGGUACGACUCCAUAGACAGCUAUAUCUCCCCUCUGGGUCGAUGCUACAAUGAUAUUGAGUUAACACUGGAUGAUGAUUUGUGUAAGGAGCUCAUUGAUGGAGGAGUUGAUGAACUUUUAGCGCGACAUAUUGCACAUUUGUUCAUCAGGGAUCCGGUCUCGCUAUUUAAAGAAAAGCUAGAGAGCCAAGAUGAUGAGACAGAUACUGACCAUUUUGAGAACAUCCAGUCCACAAACUGGCAGACGAUGAGGUUCAAGCCCCCGCCAGCAAACUCAAACAUUGGCUGGCGGGUAGAGUUCCGGCCCAUGGAGGCCCAGAUAACAGACUUUGAGAAUGCUGCCUUCACUGUGUUUAUUGUACUGCUCACACGAGUCAUCUUGUCAUACAAGCUGAAUUUCAUCAUACCAAUCUCCAAGGUAGAUGAAAAUAUGAGAACAGCCUUUAAACGAGAUGCAGCGAUUAAUGAAAAGUUCUACUUCCGCAAGGAUGUUUUGACAGAGUCGACUCCCCUGGAGUGUGCGCAGCAGUGUGGCAGUUCUGGAGGGUGCAGCGAUGUGCAAGGAGAAUAUGAGCUGAUGACCAUCAAAGAAAUUUUUCAUGGGAAGGGGGAUUUCCCAGGCCUGCUGGCCCUCAUCAACCUGUACAUGGACAGCAUGGAGAUCGAUGUGGACUCCCGGUGCACUAUUACCCAGUACCUGAUGCUGAUUGGGCAGAGGUCCUCAGGAACUCUACAGACCAGUGCCAAGUGGAUGCGCAACUUUGUCUUAAAUCAUAAAGACUAUAAACAAGACUCAGUCGUCUCAGAGCCCAUUGCCUAUGACCUCCUCAAGAGGAUAGUGAAUAUAUCCAACGGCUCCGAGAAUGCGGACCCACAGCAUCUCUUCCAUCACACGACCAAAUCUUCCGACAGCAUACCGGAGGCCCUGUACCAAGCCGAAGCAUUCCUGGACCAGAAGUCACGCAAAACCGCGACAGAGGCGGACAAACCCCACCAAGACUUUCAGCCCCACCCCUCGGAUAACCCACUGUCCAAUGGUUUAGUGAAUGGAGAUUGA